AUGGUGAACGUCUCAGAGUCUAAAAAAGAGAGAUUGGAUCAAAUAAGUACUCAACUUUGGCAAGCUGGGUUCACUGGUAUGCUAAAAGGCACAUUGAUAGGCUUGGUUACUGGAUAUUAUUUUAGCUACAAGUAUAAUCGUGGUCCAAAUACUAGGUUCUUCAAGACACCUUACAAGUUUUGGUAUUUGAUUUGUUGGAAUGUUGUCGGAAUAAUAUUCGAAACGGACGUUUCAAAGGCUAAAAUCAGUAAACAAAUAGCAUUAGAAGAGGAUUUAAAAAGGAAUGCAUAUUUUCGGGAUGAAUGGAAUCGUGAAGUAUCAAGCAAGAAAACUCCUAGCACGCCUGAUGACCAUCAAUGA